AUGAACGACUUGAGUGAGGGAACGACGGAAUCCUUGAAGUCUGGUUCGUUUUCAGAGAAAUCUCCAGAAUUUAUUGCUGUUGACGCAUAUGUCGAUGAUGGUUCUUCUAGAAUUCAGGGUCAGCGAGAGGUUUCUGAAUUUUAUCUGGAGUACGUUAAUGUUCUUAGCAGCGGUAGCGAAACGUCAUUUACGAGUGAUGACAAGGAAAUUGCCAAAUCAUGGCGGGAAAGUCCAAGUCUUUCCAGUAACUCCGAACAACGCUACAACCGAGAUAGAAUUCCAAGCCAUUUUUCUCCAGAAGAUUCGGUGUUUUUGAGUGAUAGAUGUCAAGAAAGUUUAUACGAAGAAAAUGAGAUUAAUCCCUAUUUGCAUAACAGAUCAGGCACGAAAAGACUCAGUGAUUCAAAUCCCCCGACCUUUCGAUCCUUUUCAAGUGAAGCCGGCUCAAAAGGAAGUUACAGAUACCAAAAGGAUGUAGAACGUUUUCGGGAACAUCUAGAAGGCAUCGAAACUUCUGCCCUAUCGAGCUGUUAUCAGGAGAAGGAUAAUAUUAACUCAGACCCCUGGUUUCGUGGUCAAGAGGUCAAUUCGGACGGUCUACAAAACACGUCACGCAGAAUACAUGACAGCUUGGAUGAUUUGUUUUCGGAAGAUUCAGAAUUGUGUGACAGCUCGGAAGUUGUUGAAGAUGGCUAUUCAUCCACAAGCAGUGCUGACAGUAGUUUUGUGCGCUUCGCACUCGUUGGAAAACGGGGGAGCCAAAGAAUGAAGAGAAACGUUCCCACCAGGGUCAACAAGAUGGAUCGUAAAAAAAAGCACAGCAGCGACCCAUCUCGAGAGAGAAGAGAAUCUGGAGGAAAAGAUGGCGACGAAGGAGUUAUGGCUUGUGUGGUUUCAGGAAUUUCUGGUGGACCUGCUGUCAGAGUGUUUCGCAAUGAAGUUUCGCAGCAAACGUAUCCUAGGUCGAGGAGGCGUGAAGUACGGUAUCCACGAGAUUUGGAAGAAGCUCUGACUCGUCGAGAUGAAACGAAAAGUGCUGGGAGUGAGAACAAUGACUCGGAGGGGACACGAGCCCAAAACAAAAGAAGCAAUGAGAGUGGCCGUAGGGUCGUAUUUGGAGUGUUUAGAACUCAAGGAAAUCCUCCUAGCAUUGAUCGAGAAAGUGGAAGAAGCUGCGAUACAAAAAAGCUUCAUCCUAAUCGAGAAAAUUCCAUUCAUAACAUGGAGAACUUCACUGAUCAUGACGGCCGUUUGCCAGCCUUCGACGGAAACAAACGUUUUACCCAAGAUCUUCUCUCCCUAACGGCAAGUCGCAAUGAUGGUGGUGGUGGAAAUGAUGGCUACUUUUCCGCGGAAGAUGGGAUGAAUGCCUUUUCUGGGUCAAAGAAAGUCACUCUGGCAAGCGGCGUCUGGAAACGGAUGUCGACUAAUGCAGGAAACGAGUUGCGUACAGCUGACGAACGAGUAAAGCAGAAACAGCGGGAAAAUGCGAAAAGAGAUGACCAAAACUUACUUGCACAUUCAAUGACGAGAUCGCUCAAUAGUGGAAAAGAUGAACGAGGCACCGCUUUAGAGUCGCACCUAUCAGGCUAUAUAGAACGACCGAUCGAUGUAAGUGUUAAGGCCAUAAGUAGGACCCCGAAAGUCCGAAGACCACGGAGAAAGCCUAGUGAAGUCGAGCAACAGGGUUUGCAUAACGACAACGAAAGGAUGAAAGAUUCAAAGUUUCUGUCAGAAGAAAUGCAUGCAAGCUAUCUUGAAAGGCAACACGGAUUGAAAGACGGAAGAUUAAGAGACCAGUCCGAGGUACAUAGAGAUGACUUUAUCAAUAUUCAGGAACCCUCUUCAGCUUUGAAUUCUGCAACCUUUUCAUUAGAUCUCAGUAGUGAUUGGCAAGAUCGGACAGAACGUGGAAAUCCUGAAGCAAGAACAGAAUAUUCAAGUCCAGAAGCGCAGUUGAAAAUAGAUAAAGUACAUGGAAGUACACCGCUUGAGUAUGACGCUGUUGUAUGGAAGACUGAGUUAAUGACCCCUGUUAAACAGACUAUAAAUGAUUCUAUCAGGGGCUCCCUCCAGUUCAACAGCGAUUGUGACUCUGAGUGGCAAGUAUGUGUGCAGAAGAGUGGUCGACCGCAUCCAGAAGGUCAUAUGGGCGUGACGCUCGUAUCUGAUUUGGACGAUUUCGAGCAUUCUAGUGAAGGAAAGCGUACCUUAAGCCAGACUUCUGAAAGCAAUCAGGCUAAUUUAGGUGUUCCCAAAUCAAGAGAAGUUUCUCUUAACUAUCUGAGAGGAAAAAUUGCAAGGCACGAUUCUUUUGAAAGGCCAAGGCAAAACUCCCCAAUUACUACUGAAAACUGGAGUAUAGAUCGAGGUGUUGAGCUAAAUGCGGCCAACAACAGUGAUGGUGUAGAUCUCAAUGAAAAUGAUAGCAUUUCUAAAGGUGCUGGCGACUUCGCUGCUAAGGCCACCCGGAAAGAAAGUGGCUCUCCAGCUUUUUCAGGUGGAACCACAGAAGUGAGUAUGGAUACAGAUGAUACCUGGAAGGGAGAUGAUGUGAGUUAUCAGAGAGACGAAAUGGAUAUCGCCAGCCCAGAACCUAACAGGACACCAGGUAUUGGUUUGGAAGCAAAUGAGGAGACCGCUUAUGUGAAAAGUGCUGAAAAUGAUAUGGAAAUUGCAAAGCAACCAAGGGAUUUCCCUUCGUUUCUUGAUUCACAAAACGAAACCAAGAGAAAGGCGGCCAAGGAAGACAAACGUGAAACAGGGUACUCCAAGAAAAUAAAGCGUCUUUCAGAAACUUAUACUGAGGGAGACGAACUUCUUCCGACGAUAAAAAGUGAAUUCUCUUUGAAACCUUUCAGUUCGACGGUACAACGUUUAGAACGAAACUCAACUGAAAGACCUGAAGAACACCGGACAACAACCUUUGGAUAUCCAAGAAGUUUGUACCAAGAAACGGCUUGUGGGAAGAAAGCUUCCAAAAGAUAUUUCCACACAGAGCAAGAUCAGGGAAGGGAGAACUCUUCGACAGAAGAUGUUAGCCGAGAAACAUUUGUGAGAAGCGACCAUUUCAGUACUUCGUAUCCUUCGCAAACGACAAGCAGUCAAGGAACGUUGAAAUCCACUUCACUUCUGGAAUCGACGACAGAUCGGGCCCUUGCCUUAGCAGACCAUGACGACAAAAGUAUCUCUCUUAGUCCAGAGUUGGAGAAUGAUUUUGCGUCAACACAUGGGAUAUCGAGGGAAGAAAUACGGGAACCUCAAGGUUCCUUUACAGCUCCUUCUUCAGAAGAUGGUGCCAAAACGUUUGAGCUGAUGUUGGAACGAAGUGCACAGAAGAGAUUGACCGAAGAAAUGCCGCAAUCCAGUUCAAGCACUCAUCCGAAGUCUUCGAUUCAGCCUUCUAUGGAAAGUGUCACCACCUCAGUGCUAGAGUUGGAGGGGAAGAGCCAAAGGAGACUUCUAGGAGAAAUCCCAGAUAUCAGUUCUCGUAGUUCUUUGAUAGCCCCUUUGGAGACUAUUGCGUCUUCAGGACCAAAGGUGGAAGGCAGUGGACAGAAGAUACUAAUAGAAAAGAGUUCGGAAAUCAGUUCCAGAGAACAAGAGAGUUUCUUGGCAGAUCCUUCUUGUAUAGAGAGAGGCACAUCUUCAAAACCAGAGAUAAAAGGCAAUGAACAAAGGAAAGCGACGGAUCCAAUCCCACAAAUUAGUUCUAAUGGUCAUCCGACCUCCUUAACAGCACCAUCUUCUGAGGAAAGUGUCACAUCUUCAAAGCGAAAGUUUGAAGCCAGUGGACAUUCAGUGUUGACUCCUGAAAUGCCAAAAACAUUUUCCAGCUAUUUUCAGAGUUCCCCGACCGCGCCCUCUUUUAUUGAAACGUCCACAUUUUCAGAACCAAAGUUGGAAGGAAGAGAGAUUAGUAGAUUGAAUGAAGAAAACCCGGGAACUAGCUCCAGAGAUGAACAAAGUUCCUCGACAACACCCUCUUUAAAAGAGAGUACCGCAACUUCAGAGCCAAAUUUUGAAGGCAAUGAAAAGUUGGGAGACACGGAAAAAAUCUCUAAAAUCAGAACUAUCGACCUUCAAAGCUGUUUUAAUGCGCCUCCCAAGGAGACCUACGCAUCAUCUAAACCAAAACUGGAAAGCAAGAUUCUAGAAAACAUUCCGACUCCGGACAACGGUGGUCGAAAUAGCGAUGGGGAUGACUCCAAGUUUUCUGACUUUUCCGGGAAGGAAAAUAACCUCCAUGUCCUUAUCCUGCCUGGGGAUGAAGUAGUUGUGUGGGAUGACAUCGAGUCUAAAUCUUUCUCCACAGGUCAUUCGUUAAUCUUAAACAAUGACAAUGAAGUUCCAGAUGCUGAUAAAGAUGCUGAGAAGAAGCUACGAUCUCUCAAUACGCUCACAGACACUGUCCUCAAGGAGGAUGAUAAUAGGAAAAACCUAACAUCGUCAACAGGAAUUCCCACUUGGACAGAAACUUCACGACUUCACAGAUACUCUAACGAUGAAUCAAGAGCUAAUAGCUCUUCUGAAGAAUUUGGCGGCUACGUUGAGCGAGAUGCAGAUUCCUUAGAUCCUAAAACUGAUCACGAAGACAGAGAAUUUAGCAAUAAGGAGCUAUGCGUAGUGGAGAAUGUUUGUUAUGUAGCUUCUACCGACAACGAUUGUCAGUGGGAAGACGGAUCUCAAAGCGUGAAGCUUGACGGUGAUCUUUUGGUCGAAAGAAAUGCCUUUUUCUCCGAACAGGAGAUGGGUUCAAGUCCCUCCGAAUCCCUAGAAAUUAGAAAGACAGAUGACGGUUUAGUCUGCGACGAGGAAAUGAGAGGCAAUGAGGUAAACGAGAUUUCUUGUACCUAUGACAUGGAUGAAUACUCUUCUGAAGAUCAGGUGAUCGAAGUCUAUGGAAACGAUGCACCGUACUCGACGUAUCCUGAAAACAGUUACUCAAGUUCAGGAGAUAUUAACAUGAAAACUGAAAGUGACGCCCUUGCAUAUGUAGGAAGCAAGGUUGUGAGUGAGGAAAUCCGUGAACCAGCUGAAACGAGAAAAAUUCACCUGGUGCAACCAGCAGACGGAUUAAGUGGACGCUCGUCAUAUGGUUCUGAUCACACUGAAUCACCGAAGGAAAAUGAAAGUUUUUGUGAAACAGAGGCCAAUUUUGGGAUAAAGGAAGUUUGUCAUCAAAGACUUUUAACCGUUUCAGCUACAAUCCCACAUUCUAACUCAGAAGAAAAUUUCGAAAUUGCUCCAUUAUAUGAACACUAUACCGACUAUUCAGCCGUGCAGGGUCUUGACAAGCAAUGCCAAGUAGAAAUCCUACAGGAUAAUUUCCGGAAGUACGAAUCAAGGGAAAGUCAGACUUCUUUUUUGAACGGUGCUACAGAUAGGGGAUAUCAAACAAAUAAGGUCAGUGACUUACCUAAUCUUAGAGGCACAUUGAAAAACCAAAGUAUCGAAUGUCAAACGGAGUUACCUACCAUUUGCUGCGUCAAGUGCGGAGGCCCUGUAGAUUCAUUCGAAAUUCGCGAUAAGCUACCAGAGGAAUGCCGAUACACUGAGAGAGAAUCCCAGACAAUCUCUGGAUAUGGGCAUAUUUCGACAUCAUCGAAGGAAUGUCAGACAAGUCCUGCAAGAGAUGAUUUUGCACAAUUACUGCUUCAUCAAAGCAGUGCAAAGAUUAUUGGGAGUAGAGCAGUUCAAGAUAUUUCCUUUGAAAGCAAGGGAUGUCAAACGUCUCAGAAGAGCCUUCUAUUAAUCACUGGCGGAGCGCAGUCCCCUCAGGGAUGGACAUCAUAUCACAAGGCUGGCGUUUCGGACAAAGAAAUCCAAACAUCAUCUAAUGUUGUGUUCGUUUCAUCACCAGCCCAGUGCGACAUACUUCCCUUCACUGAUAUUGGUGACGUAGCUGCACGAGAAAACGAAACAUCCCGGAUUGUUUCCUUCGAUACAAAAGAGUGUCAAACAGUGCGUGACCUUGAACUUCUUUUGGCGACGUCCAAAUAUUGUCAGACCUUUUCUUUCGAAACUAUAAGCGCUGGGAACGGAAAUAGACCAACACUCGACAGCAAAGGAUGCCAAACUCUCCCCCCCAGUCAAACCGAGUCAAAGGAAUGCCAGACAGUGGAGGAAGUUAUAUGGGAUACAACUGAUGCUGCUAAAAGUUCUAAGGAUGAUCAAAGCGUAAGUAAUAUCAGCGUACAGUGCCAAACAAUAUCUGACUCAACAAAUGAACUAUAUCAUCCACUGUGGGACCGUUUCGAUUCGAUGGAAGUGGGUGGCGAGGAUGCUAGAAGUAAGUCCUCUGACCCUCUUCAUCGAAAUGCGCUUACCAUAAGUUGUGAAAACAAAGGAAGUCAAACAAAGCCUGAGAGAGAUAUCCUCCUUACAUCUUCAAAACUCUGCCAGACGACAAUUUUAGACACGGCUAUGGCCUGUAAGAACAAAGAAAGCCAGACGCAACUGGAUUACGAAAUCUUCUUAAUUUUGUCAAAAGCAUGCCAAACAAUACCAUACGGUUUGGACGAUACGGAUUCAAAGUCUUCCAUUGAUGGGCCUAUUGGCUCUCAAGACUUUGAAUUAUCUCUUGCUGAAGGCAGCGACCAGCAAUUAGAGAUCUUCAGUCCGCCAAACCAGAUGGCGUCUCGCCAUCGUCCAGCCACUUAUGGCAAGAGCCCCGACACUAUUGAGGAAUCCGUCAUGGGAUUUCAAUUCUUCCAUGGAAUGGACGAAACAAACCUUUGCAAAAAUAACGGUUUGGAACCACUUUCGCCAGUAAGCUCUUCUGUAGUUGUGGAAGUCUUAGACAAAGGCUGUCAAGCCAUGUUGUGCGAUUGUGGAAACUGCGCUGAACAACAUGCGCUCUUGAGCAAUUCUGCUGAAAUGUCAAGUGAUGCUGAGAAAGGGUAUUUUCUUUUCUUUCUUUCUCUCUCUCUCUCUCUCUUUUUCAAUUGUCAAACGUAAAUACCUUCAUGGUUCUUCGCCUUUCGAUUAAGAAGUAAAAUAAGUGAUAACUUUAUUUGCGAGAAAAAUGCUGUCGAUGUUCCUUUGUUUAGCUUUACGUGAUAGAGAAACAAGUCGUUCCAGCGAUUCAGUUAAUCAGAAAGCGCUAUUUGUGGCAUGUUUUCUUCAUCUAAAUGCUAUCAUCAUGUACAAUUCGUUGUGGAAGUAACCAACUUGUCCUACGUUAUUAUGAUCUGAGACAUUUAUGAUUCCGUAAAUCUGCGCAUUCGAUCUUCUUCGACUACCUUGUCAAGGUUACUUUUGGUAAAAAUUCGUAAUCCAAACCUAAAUCAAGAAAAUAAUUGAAGUUUAGGGAAUGCCAGCUACAUUGAUUACUGAUGGCUUAUUUUUUAAAGUUGAGCGGCUCAUGUUCCCAACAAUCUUGCGAUUGGUUGGGGCUCGUAUUAAAUUAUGAAGCCGUGUAAUGGUUGCCUUGUUAAGGCAGAGGUUUAAUGUUCGAUAACAAAGUUUCACUUUUGCGUUUUAGGGCGGCUAUGCGAGUGUCAGAAGGUAUGCAAAAGGAACAAGCAAGUCUCAUUAAGCAGCUGGAUAUGCUCAGGUAACAUAGCUUCAUUGCUUAUUUAGGACGAUGCUCUCUCCCAUACGGAAAGUCAAGUAAAGCUCAACGUCUCUUGUUGAGAUGCGGUUAACUCUUUGGCCCCUACGAGUGACAUACAUCUAAUUUCCCCUGACAAUAUCACCCCUGGAUCAUACAUUAAUGUUACGAGAAUAAAGCAAAUGAUCAUCAACUAAACAAGGUCUUUACCGUUCAACAACUCUCCUUGUUGGUUCCUUUGGAAAUGUAUACAGAACAGAAUGGAGACUAUGCAUACUGAUAUUAGGAUGUAAAGGGUUAAGCGCCCCUUCCAGUUACUGUAAUUUAAGGGACCUGUGUUAAAGAGUCAUUUUUGCAACAUACAGAAUUGAUUGGGGUAUUAUUGCUAUGGUCAGAGUUAUAGCACUUUAGAUUUUUGAUUCUAUGUUUCCUUUUUGUUUUUGCCAAUGUUUUCAAAGUAAAAAAGAGAAGUCACAUACAACUUCCUAAAAUCGUUGUUUACCUCUGCAACCGAAUUAACAACUGCUCAUAGCUCGGGAGAAACUUGUCUAUCACUCCAUCGUGUUUUGUAGCUAUCUUUACGCUCUGUUUUUUAGCCAUCUUUGCAAUCAGAAACUUAAAACUCGUUUGCCUCUGAAACUCGGUACUUACACUUAAAACUAACUGCUUGUUUAUCUUUACUACUUUUCAUUAAAGGGAUAUGAAUCAGAAGCUCAGAGAUGACAAGGAUGCAAUCGAGGCAGCACAUCAAGCGGUAAGCCCCAAACUGGUUUAACUUGUCGAAAAGUUGACAGACCUGUUUUGAUAACCUGACCAAAGGACUUCCUUAUAUUAUCUUUACUGACGCCGUUCAUUGACUAUUUGUCGUAACAAUUACUUAUUGAAAAGCUAUGAGUAAUGGAAAAGCAAAUUAACAAUGCUGACGUACGUACGUUAUUAAUGAUGGCACAGUUUACCCAACUUAAAUUGACUUGAUGGUAAUUUCGAUAUAAUACUAGUUAAUAAGAUAUUAAUCAAGAAAUAAUUUGUAAUGAUAAUCAUUCUCUCUAACUGACUUAUUUUUGCCAAUGCCUGCUGCGCAUGUGCUGGACCUUCCCAUGGGAUUCGCCACAGAUGUUAAUGGCUGUACGUAUUUCUUGAUUUUUUUGGCUUGUUAAUUUUUUUAUUUUGUUUUGGUUUAUUCUGUUCUUUUUUUUUCGGUAGCCUUAACAUGUUUUUUAAUUCUCCCUCGAGUGUACGAAGGUUUUUUCAUAGUUUUCUAUGAGAGAAAAAUUGUUCAUCGAAUUAAAUCAUUUUAAAAUAUAUUCUCAGGAGUAACAACUAAUCAUUGCUUGAAACCGAUGAGUUAAAUACUUUGAACUCUCUUUUAAAUCUUAAAACUUAAAUUGUAAUUUUUCUGAGGUAAGUUUCGAUGUUUAGCUGGCUUAAUUUUUUAAAUUUCUUAUUAUUAUUUUAAACCUCUCGUAACCGGCUGUCAUUGUUAGCCACCGUUUAAAUAGCCACGUCACGGGAGAUCCUUCUCCAAGAUCGCAGCUGCAACCUUAACCAGUAAAUAUUAAUUUCUACCGGAAAUUUACACCAGCUUUAAAACAAGCACAUUCGCUUGGUAAUCCUCCAGAGUUUAAUUUUGGCCUGGAGUUUUUUCCAGAAGAGAAAAUUUAUGUGGAAUCUGUAGAAAUUGGAUGUAAGGUUCUGGCUUCUUGAACGCUUUCAAAUGUGAGCAAUGUCGUAUUUUUAUAUCCAAGAAUAGAGGUUUCAUUGUCGCUUACCUGGACUGCGUAAUUUUCUGCUCUGAGGGUUGUUUUUCCUAAAAUGUUUAAUUCAUGCGUCAUUUUGGAGAAAGGUUUAUUCCUACUGUUGUGCGACUCUAUAGAAAGUGGCUGUGAUAAGGCUUUUCAAAUCCUCCCUUUAACGGGCAUGAGGCAAAAACGCUCAACUAAUGCAACCAACGCAAGCAAACAUGGUGUACCAUUUAAACAUACAAAGUAACUUUCCUGAAACAACAGUUUGUGUGACCUUAAGGAAAGACUCCUAACUCACCUGUUACCGUGAUUUGCCUUCUUUAUAACAAUUUAUAAUUGAGGGUCGAGAGUUAUCCGGGAUUGCACUGGUUUUGAUCUUCUUUGCUCUGUGAUUGGUCAAAAAAAAACUUCCACCACUCCCUCAACCACUCAGAUGCAAAACUUAAACCAAUCACGACUUGGUCGCCCGCGUUUUCCCGCGCUUUAGGCAGCUUGGUUGGUUUUACUUUGAGUUCUCAUUGGCUCUUAAUGAUAUUUUCGUUUCUUCUGAUUGGUCAUUGUGAUUGUUUUGGUUUUGAUUUUACGAAACUCAAUUAAAAUGCGCUCCAAUCGCUCCGACAAAUGCAUGGUGCACUUGGGCCGUCGAGGAGGGCUUCUAUCAAUCACCAAACUGGACCUCAUAUAAGCACAAACUUGUAGACUUCUUUAAAUUUGAAAUAAACUGUGAAAUGUUAGUGCCAGGCGUAAAGCAUAACGUACUUUAACUUAGGCCUAAUAAGUACUGCUUAUUAAACAGAAAAAGGAAAGAGGACAUGGCAGUCUCAGUGAUGAGAUUGAAGAAGCCGAGGUAAGAUAAAAUACUAAUUUGAAAUUUUCAGGUUUGGUUUAAGAUAUCUACACCUAUUGAAUAUUUGCCUUUUUCAGAUAAAGCGUAAAUUAACUUCAGGCGUUCUUACGCAAAGAACGUGUGAAAGCUCACUCUUUAACUUUGGAUUAUAAUGCGUGGCGUGUAAAUUAAAAGUGAACACUGAGUUAAAAAAAAAAAAAAGCUUAAUGCUGUUGAGUUAAAACUCCGCACACGAUAUCAUUAAAGGAUCUCGUACAAUUUUGACUGCCUUACGUAACAGAAAUUUGAAAGUCUAAUGGUUGCUUCAAGUUAAUUGUUGCUUGUUCAAGAUACUGUGAAAGUAAUCUUAUAAUGAAGGCAAACUUAUGUAUGUAAACAAGUGUAAACAUAUUCAAACGUUUCAACAGCUUGGAAGGAAAAUCUCGUUCCCAGGGCCUUCUUUACAGUGAAAAGUUUAGUCAGAGAUGAAAUUUCUCCUCACAUCCGGAUUGGCUCGUGUUUCAAGCGAAAUACAACAAGCACGAUGGGAAAUGGCUUCGCCCAGAGCCAUGCUGUGUUGAAAAUCGCGCCCUCGCAUGGAACAGGGCUAAAAUUGAAGAAACAUUUAUUUGUCCCUUGAAGGGUUAGGAAAAUGAAAGUCAAUGAAGUUGAUAAACAUUAUUCGACUUGACAGUGUCCUUACUUGAUUACGUUAUUUUGACGUCCACGUGCUUAGCUGUCCGAAGCUCUAAUAUUCCCUGGCAGGUUAGAAUCAUUAUGUACCUAGCCACCUACAGAACGUCCCCUCCUUGAUGCCCUAAUGUUUUUUUUUGACAGAAAAAGACCAAAGUUUCUCGGCAAGGUUCCCAGAUGUCCAAGUACGUGAGAAAGAGACGUACCCCUGGUGCGGAGGAAACAUGGGGAAACCAAGGUUCCGUGGGAUCGUUAAGUGAAGAGGAAGUUGACGGGCCUAACAAAAGGUUUGUUGGGAUAAGAGGGAUACAUCUUUCAACAGGAGGGUGGAUACACUAGACAUUUUUUUUUUGGGGGGGGUAAAUGGGGAGCUCAGGGAGAUUGAAAGAUUGAAAGGGCUAGGGUACUUGUUUUGUUAAUCGUGUUUCCCGCAUUAUCAACAGGAACUCGAGGUAUCCCAGGAUGCAAAAAUGAGGAGGGGAGGGGGGAAGUGGGAAUUGGGUGAAAUUUUGAUUUUUCUUCCAAAAGUAUUUCAUUAUUUAACCUGUUAAAACCAUCGUAAGUCCCGCAAAUUGCAGCAAUUUGCAAUCCUACAUAAAUAAUUUUAACACUUACACAUUUUUUAAUCAUUGACAUCAAGUUGUUAUUAUUACUUAAAAAAAUUGAAAAAAGGAGAACUACCACAAUAUGACUAUGAGACAAAUAAUCCACAUAAACAUACAUUGGUUAGAACCAAAAACUAAUAACGAAAAGACAAAAUAAGUUUGCAUUAAAAAGAGUUUGUAAAUUCCCUCAAAGCCUGUUUUAACACUAAACUCAACCUCAGAGAGAGAAACUUUACCUUUUUUGUGGAGGAGACCUCUUAAUAAAACCUUGAACUUUAUCUCAAGAUGAUCGCCAUUAUUCUUAACUGACUGAUGAGAUUGGUCCUUUAAUAAAAAAAAUCCGUUAAUAAUAACAUCUAUUUGGCCAAAUCAGGCAGUUCUUGAAUUUUAAUCACUAAUCUAAUGGAAUUUCAAAUGAACUUGCCUAGUCGGUUAGUUACGACUGAAAAUAAUUUCCACUAAAUGAGAAGCACUCCCUUGAUAAGUUAACUCUUUGACCUCCCGGCGGAACUAGGAUCUAAUUUCUCCUUACAAUAUCACCUUAGGCCACAACAAUAAAAGAAAUGAUAACCAACCAAAGAAGUUCUUGAUGGUUAAAUAAAUUCUCCCUGUCAGCGCCUUAGAAAAUGUGUAAAGAACUGUAUGGAGAAUAUGCAUAAUGAAGUUCGGGUGAAAGUAGUGAAGCAAGAACAAGCAGUAAAUCUUACGAAGUAACUUCGUGGUUAAUAGUGAAUUUCUUAAAUGUAGUUAAACGUGAUUUAAACCUAUCUUUUAUAAGUGACUCCGCACGACCUCCCGCGAGAAGGCGAUCUAAACGGCGCGACAUGAAGAAACAGGGCUCUGUUUUGCAUUCGUAUUUCCCAAAUGCUGGUACUGGUAAGCAAAGGUAGGUAAAAAUGGAAGAUAUUACAAAUUGAAUCUGAUCUGCUCAAGUUGAGCGGAGCUAAGGUCCUCAAACCAUAUGAAAAUAUGCUAAAAAAAACACUUUAAAUAAAGGAAGUAAAAAGGUGACGACUUAAAGGAUUUAAUUAAAUGCUUCAAGUAAGAAUGUUAAAUAGUUUGAAAGAUAAACCUCUAUUCGACUCAGUGAUAUUUUAGCUGUUUGACCGCGAUCGUGGAAAAUGUAAUCUUCUGACCGCCAUCCAUGGAUGUAUCAUUUCACAAAAUUUUCAAGAAACGAGUUAGGACGCUGCUUUUUCACUCGAACCUUGUGUACCCUUAGGUUUGUCCUUUGAGGAAUUAAUUUUAGAGGGAAAAAAAUUGGGUACCUUAGUAAUAUAUUUAUCACUCUUCAUUGAGUCUGCGCCUGUCUAUUCAACUAAGUUGCUGUUUUAUUUUAUCAGCGAUGGCAGGUGUCUAGCAAGAUCCAAGCUAAUAAUAUCUAUAAAUGAUGCUAAAACCGAUAGAAAUAGUGAGAUUGAUAAUGAUAACACCAAUAACAUCACUGCAAAACGUCAUGGUCAGUUUUUCAUAACUCAGACUUGAGCAUUCGACUGACAAACAACUCCGAUAAUCACUUCUGCUUAGUUGGUCGAAACGUCAAUGGAUGUUACUGACAUCAGUUCAUUUCAGAACUACUCUCACUGAGAGUAAUAUUUUAUUAAUAUUUUAAAUGCAAGAACACAUUUCCGCUUUAAACAGGCUGCUUUUCUUUUACUACCAGCUCUGCGUCCCUCCCUGACUCCAUACGAGAAGAGGCUGAAUUUGAAGGAGAUCCAACUCUUGAACUCAUCUCAGAUGAGAAGCUGCAAGAGGAAGAGCGGCCGGCUUGGGCCCAAAAGAUACUGUCUUGUGUGCAACCUAAAGGUAUGAAUAACAAUCCUUCCCUGCAAGUGACUCAGACAUAUUUGGUAGAGAAAAAAAGAAAUUCCAACUGCUCCUCAGAGGUAGCAAUUCCAUGUAACUAGGUACCCUAGGCUUAGGAAAACAUCCUGUUUGCUACUGGGAUCCAAGAAAAGUCCAUUUGUUGAAAUUGGGUGAUGAUGGAGACAUAGGUAAAAUCAUGUUAUGAAGAGGAAGCAUGACCGAGUUUUUAGGGGACUGGACUUUCAGUUCUCAGUUACCCAUGGUUCAAUCGUUCGGCGGCGCCCCUCACCUAGCCAGAGAGUAUACCUUCGACCUUCUGACUAUUUGUUUUCGAUUUGGUGUAUUUCUUUCUAUUUGCAAUAGCCCUUUCAGCCCUUUUUGGAAGUGGUUAAUUCAGAUUUCAUUAUCAUUAUCACAUCAGAGUGGUACACCAUAAAGUUUAACUUAUUUUGGUGGAACAUACACUUGUCAAAUAGUUGGCACCACUAUACGCGGAAAAAAGGAGAUAACUAGUUUCCCAACAUAGUUGCCAAGUUGUGUCUGCGAGUGGACGUAUUGGUAGUCGCUAGACGUGCCGGUAUGCGUCUUGGUAAAAGGAAACCAAUCUUAAAAUAAUGCUGUCGGGGUGUAAGACAAACUUUGCUUAACUGCCGUUCUCAAAACUGUGUAAAGAGAACCGAGAAAAACCGAAUACACUUAAUCCAGCAACGCUAUAUAUUUUAGAACUUGUAGAAGAAGAGGGAGAAGAUUCACAGAUGAGGACAAGCGACGAAGAACUCGAAGAAGACGUGUUCAGAACAAGAAAAGCUGAUUUGAUAUCUGGUGAUGGUAAGUUGUUCUCUUAAGUGUACAUUUAAAUCAGUCAGCGCUUAUUUGCUGCUCGGAAGGUUUGAUUGAAAUAGCUCUACAGUGGAUAGAAGACAGAUUAAAAAAACAAAAGGUGGGAAGACUAAUGUUUGACUACGUCUAAUUCUCAAACUAGGUAAAUAUUUUAUUUUUAUUCACAAAAGUACAAAUAUUUUCGCAACGUUGCUGAAAUUGCUUUAAGUCAAACAGCUGAAAGUUUUUAUUAAGUGCAGUGGAGAUCACUAAUGUGCGUGAACGCAGCGUGGAAUAUGGGAUAUCAUAAACCAUGGUUUCGCUCUCAGGUCUUUUAUGUCGGCGUUACACACCUUGCGCGCAUGUCUUCAUAACAAACUGAGUUUCCAAGACUUCUACAUGUUUAUAACUGACUGUAUAUAUUUAUAAGUGACUGAUUGCUUUCCUGUUUCAGGCACCAACAGGUUAAAAACAGGGAAAGAUGACUCCGACAUGUCAUAUUCUGAGGGAUUGAGCGGCGAAACUGGCAGUGAGACAGACGAGAGACCAAACUCCCCACGCGCAGCGCCUGUCGGGAAGGACAAUGAAAUGAAUCGAGUAGGAUCAGUAAGUUUGUAACUGUCUCCUGUUUUGGCGAUUGUUUCUUUUUGGCGAUGCAUUCCCAAUCAUACUGCUUCAGGUGUGGUUUGCCUGUCGGUCCCCAUUUUUUUAUUUUCUGUAUGCAUGUCCUAGUGGCACUUCUACUAUUCUCUAUAAUAUUUAAAUUCAAUUUUGAAGAUAAAUUAUAUUUUUUAUUUAAGUUUGUUGUCUGCCCAACCUCACAAUAAAAGUUACUUCAAACUUGUUUGUGAGAUGGCUUUACAGUACUUUAUUUACAUCGAGUUUUGUUUAUGUGAAAGUGGCCUAUUAUUUCUGUUAUUAAUUGUUUUGCUUCAUCUCGUUAUCAUAUUCAUCGUUGCUAAUUUUUCAAUUGUGAGCUGCUUUUUCAUGUUGCACAAGCAAAUAGUGUGUUGUUAUUUCCUUGCUAUUGUGCUGGUUUUUUUUUCAAAUUUUCGUUUUGUGUAACCCACAUCUAGAACAGCCUUUGUAAGUCGAAAGUCAACACAUGAAUAGAUCAAGUUCUUUCACUAAUAUUUUUCUUUCUCCUCUAUUACUAAAGCUCGUUAUUUUUCUUUCUGGAACUCACAGCAGGACAUGAGCGAAGCAGGUGUGUCGACGAUUAGUGAGCCCUCCACACCAGAAAGAGUGUUCAAAGUGGUGUUUGUUGGCGACUCUGGUGUAGGAAAGUCUAGUUUCAUCCACCGGUUUUGCCAUGACGCUUGGAGACCUUCAUUCACUGCAACGAUAGGUACUUAGUUCAUUACACAUCGUGCAGGGUAGUAAUGUCAAUCUUAAGUCAAGUCAGGUUUUUUAUGCAGUUUUGAAGAGAGAGAAAUUUCCAACUGAGUGUCGAAAGUAAUUUAGGAUUGUAUGGGUUUUGUGUUACUCUGCUCAGUGGUCCAGAAAACUUGUGCUACUCUCUCAACCAAUCAAAACCAACUGCCUCUUGGUGACCCACUCUUUCCCGCGCUUUAGGCAGUGUGCUUGUUUUUCGUUGAGCUUCCACUGUUCCCUCGUGAUCUUUACCUUUGCUGUGAUUGGCAAUUGGCCAUUUUUGUAAUAGGGGAGAUUUCUAAGUGAAUUUUGUCCCAGGCAGUUCAAUUACGUCUGUUCCAAACGUUCUCAUUUUGGUAUUUUCCUUAGACAUCGAAUCGAAGAUUUCCCGGCGUGUGUACACGUUCAUAAUUUGAUACAAAAAUUGAGUUGUAGCUCAUACUCAUAGUCGCUGUGUUGUUUCACCUGUCCAGGGGUUGACUUCCAAAUUAAAACGAUGUGUAUAGAUGGCAGAUGUUUUGCACUGCAGCUCUGGGACACUGCUGGCCAGGAGAGGUGUGUACAUAACUAUUCCCUAAUAACAUCAGUGGCAGACCUGGCUGUGCCUCGUCUGAUCCCUUUUUGUUACUACUACAUUUUGACUUCAUCUGUGAACAAUAACUGGACAUGACAACACAGAAUCUAUUUCUUAACACAAUUGACGUCAUCUGUGACCUAUUAGGUAACAGACGUACGACUACAUAGAAUCUAUUUCAUGUGUGUUUCUGAAAUAGAGAACACUGUUCCGACCACAAGAAUGCAACUUUUAAUUCGGAUCGAAGCCUGCGGCAUGUAACGGUUGCUGUUGGACUGUUCUCAUACCAUCUUCUUUUUCUAUCUGGCAGAUUUCGAAGCAUCACAAAACAAUACUUCAGGAAGGCAGACGGAGUAAUUGUAUUUUAUGACAUCACCAUGGAGACAUCAUAUCUAAACAUAAAAAACUGGAUGAUAAGCGUGGAGGUAUUAUUACAUUUCGCCUCAAGGAAUCAUUCUCAUGACCUUCAUAUGUGAUUCAAGUAUGAUACUGUAACUCGGGAGAAAUUAAGUGCUAGUCCCUCUCUUGGGUUAGAGGGUUAAGGUCAUUCCUGGGAGUCAAAGGGUUAACCUGUGAAGAAAGAUGCUGGACAUUUGUGACGAAUGUGGGAAAAAAAAAUGUGAAUCCCCGUCGGAUGUGAAUCUCAUUUACUUCUGAUUUCAUGGUCAAGUUCACUGGAAACCGAGUCACGAGGAAAUCAUCGGUAAGCCAGAGCACACAACAGGUUUAUAGUUACUUAUUUUUUGUAUGUGUAUACGUGUUUCAGGAAGGAACGGAUGACGGCACAGCUAUCAUGAUUGUUGGUAACAAGACUGAUCUGGUAGAGGAUGACAGCCACCGAGCAGUGCAGAGUCAGGAAGGAAAGAAAUUGGCUGAGGUACAUUCUUAAGCGAUUGAUUCAUUGACUGACUGCCUGACUAACUGACUUCUUGACUUUCUGCCUUACUGACGUACUGAACGACCGAUUCAGUAACUGUUUUCGUAAUCAUUGAGCCGUCAAUAGAAUGAUCCGACUGACUAACAGGGUCAGUGACAGACGGACAGGCUGGCUCACUUUGUCUGAUGAACUGGCCAACUGAAUGAUCCGACUGACUAACAGAAUCAAUGACAAACGGACUGGCUGGCUGAUUGACUCACUUUGUCUGAUGGAAUGGCCGCCCAUCAUUUUAACCGUUCUAAUAGUUAGCUUAUUUACAGAUUAUUAAUGAUUAUCCCUUUAUCUUCUCACUACAUCUACUUGCCUUACAGGAAUACAAAGCCUUGUACACUGAAACGAGCGCAAAAACGGGGUACAACAUAACGGAAUCGAUGGCGGAAUUUUCCAAGUGAGUACACCAAUUUGAUACGCUAUCUUUCUGAUUCUUAUAUCAGUUUUUUUUUUGUCUUGGAUAACCCUCUGAACUUCCUUCCUGUUUUAGAAUGCUGCAAGUGAGGGAAGACGAAUUAAUGCAGAGCGUUUUGAAUCUCGUGCAAGAAAAACCUGGCAAGAAGAAAUGCUGUAAAUAAUAGUUCUUGGUGUCGUAUCGUCAGGUAUGCCCAUCUUCGAACCAUUACUCCUUUAAUUUCCUGUGAUCUGAAAUCCCCUUCUUAAAAUGUCUGCGUUCGGAUAAUUUGCCAGGUAAUCGGUUGUUUGGGCGCUGUUGAUGGUCAUUUUAUACACUAUACUACUCUUACACAUAAUAUGACAUGCAGCAUCCUUUCAACAGUGUCUUUCGCGUGUCCCUUUCCCUUAGAAAACAGGGCGCAAGGUACGAUCGCUCCUGUCCGCCUAACGUCUUAGCGCACCCAAUUUUGGAAUCAUUGAUAAUUAGUUUACUAACCUUAUAGGGCGCUUUUCGGCUGAGUGUCGUAAAACCAAAAGCAAAGUCCAAUCAGAAGAAAGGAAAGCCAGUACCUUUUAAAACAAAUGAGAACUCAAAGAAAAAUCAACCGCGGGAAACGCGGGUGACCAAGUCGCGAUUGGUUUUAGAGAGGUUGAGAGAGUGGUACAGAGUUUUUUAAACAAAGCACAGAGCAAAGUAAAGCAAAACCAAUACUAACCCGGAGUUCUUUUAGCAAUUCAACUGAAAAUUGCUCUAAAAGUGAAUGCUCUUAGUUACCGACCAACCCUGCGACUUACUGAUAUUGCUGUCAAAGAGAAGUCGAGAUGUACGUGAGCGGUCAUUUUGAUUUUCCUAACUUUUGCGAGGUCAAUGCGAGGUGACAAUUUUAUCAGCAAACAUUUUGUAGAGUCAUUAUUUUCGUUAUGCCUAACGCAUUGUUAAAGAAAGGCCAGGUUGCUCUUGCAACUGAACAAUUCAUUGCCAAGUUUAAAAUAUUAUUUAACGUUUUCUUAUCAAUUUUGAAUUCGUGCUCAACAGAUAUUAGGAUCCUCAAUUGUAGCUACGAUGAGACAAAAUCCAAGAUGAAAUCAAAUCCUGGUCUCUUGCUGGAGUGUUCAAACGAUGAGCACCUGACUAUUUUUCAGUCACACAGGGGCAUAUGAUCGAAUUGGAUCCAAGUUCGCUCUUGGAGAAGCUGCUGCGGAGACAGUUGACUUGCACUGAGAGGACGGACAUUGUGAAUCGUUAUAAGAUGCCAAAGUACUUGGUUAGAUUUGCGAUAACAUUCUGAAUCAAAAGUAAUUUUGCCUUCUUUCAAGGACAAUUUUCCUACACUAAGUCAGCUUUUCGUCCUACGUAGCUCUCAAGAUGUACAAAAACGAUAAAAAAGUGACCGUCUCGAUGACGGAAACCAAAAAAAAAUUUUGGAAAUUUGGUGUCAAACAACGGAAAAAAGGCUCAUGUUUUAUUUAUCCAAUGACUAUUAUUAUUUAUAGUGUAACUUGAUAAAAGCGUUCGUAGAGGAAUAAACUAAACAAGUAUAGGAGGCCGGUAAUGACGGUGUGCCUUUAUAUUUGUUAAGACGACUGUUAAAGUUUCGUUCGUUGAUCGUUGUAUGACGAUCUUAUCUCUUAACGGUCUUAGACUUCCCUAAAAACAAUCUCUGUCUGGCCCGCUAAAUGUCAUGCGGUGUCACUCAAGUUGCCGUGGAAAAAAACGGAGUCUAUUUAUGUUUAAUUUGUUUUAAAUUACCUUCUCGUGAGAACGCUCUUCGAAUGAGUGUUGUGAAACCAAAACCAAAGUAAUCACAACGGCCAAUCAGAAGAAAGAGAAAUACUUUGAAGAGCCAAUGAGAAUUCAAAGUAAAACCAAACGCGGGCAGCUGUGAUUGGUUUUCGUUUUCCGUCGUUUUGAUUGGUUGAGAGUAGUGUAGAUUUUUUUUUGUUUUUUUUAAACCAAUCUCAGAGGGAAAUUAAGCAAAACUAAUGCAAACCCACGUUACUAUCAACCUUCAAGUGAAAACUACACUAAUGUAGCAAGUAUGGAGCUGUUGCAUGUCUGAUGAAGUAACAAAAUUGUACAGAUUUUCGGCAAUACAUCGUCUUGUUUGAGACAUUUCAGGACAUAUUUUGCAUUUUGCAAGGGUGAAACCCAUGUCAGUAAAUUAUUUAAACUUCAGUUUAAGAACAUUCUUUUUCUAAGGGACAGUCAAGUGAGGUGUUGUUGGUUUUUGGAAAAAAAAUUAGGUUUCAGUUUAGUUGGUUUGAAGU